CUAGAGGUUAUAAACGAUCGCAUGUUUGAAUCCUGGAGACGCGUACCUUUCCGCGGUGAAAUGGAUUUCUCCGGGAGCAACGUUGUCCAGGGGGUCCUUCCUCAGUUUUCGGAGCUAACGUCUCAACCGAAUCCCGGUUCAACGUUGAAAUUCACCAGCGGUGAUACUGUUCACGGGGAACAAACCGCUGUUUACACUACCGCCGCCGGAUCGCAUCAACCGAAACAGACUUUAUUGGUGAAUUCGACUAACAAGUACACAGGACCAAUACUUGCUUGGCCAGAUCCCAAUACUCUCAUGCAACUCUGUGAGAAGCAGGGUAUUCAGGCUAUUAACAUUCCUAAUUAUAAUCAAAACAACCCAAUAUUAGGAGUUCAGCCUAAUACUUUACCUGUAAGGAUCAUACCUAAUGUGUACUUGCCUUCUACCUCUCAACCAGAGAAUGUUAAAAUAGAUACAAGGAAUGAAAUUGAAGCUAAGACAUCUGCCAUGCAAGAUUCUCAAGUCCAGGUCCAGCAACAAAGUGCCAUGGCAGAAUAUUUUCAGAAGUUACAAGCUACCACUCUUCCGCUGACAUUGCAACAGUUAAUUAAGUUGCAAACAGAACAAGUAAAGAAAGACAAGACUGAAGAAGAGAAAGUGGAACACACGCAGAACAAUAUUCUUAACAUUCCUAGUGUUCCAGUGUUUAGGAACGCUCAGUUACAGAAUGGAACCACUUUUAUGAACCCUGAGCAUAUGAUGGUAUCCAUUAAUCCAAAUGAUUUAAAUGUGCAUGUCGAGAACCAGCAAGAAAAUGGAAACAUGGUGCAUAGUGUGAAAGUAGAGCAGCAAAUACAGACGGAUUCUCCUAAAACUGAAAGAAAAAUGAAAUUUAGAGCUAAGACUGGAGAAAUUAAAAUCAGUGUUGGUCUAGAUGGUUCAACGCUCUAUUGCUGUCCUGAGUGUAAUUUAGCAUUUUCAGACAAGGCAGAAAUAGAGCAGCACAUUCAAGCUCAUAUACAGGAACGAAAAUAUCAAUGCAAAGAAUGCGGUGCUAUGUUAAAAAGGAAAGAGCACCUUGAUCAGCAUAUGCGUGGCCAUUCGGAUGAAAGACCGUUCAAAUGUCCUGUGUGCCAAAAAGCAUUCAAAAGGAAUGAGCAUUUAACCAGGCAUUAUGUUAUUCACUCUGGUGAUAAGAAUUUUGCUUGUUCGGUAUGCCAAAAGGCAUUUUCUAGAAAGGAUCACUUGAACAAACAUACUCAAACACAUUUAGGAAUCAGGAGGAAUAGAACAAAGAAAGAUACUUUCUAUGUAGAUCAGAAGGAAUCCUUUGAAAAGACUCCUGAAAUCAGUGUAAUGCCCAAACAGGAAGUGAACUUUUUCCUGAAGGAUGGGUUCAUAAAGCAAGAACCCAACCAAUUUCUUCAGUACAUUCAGAAUCUCCAGAAAGAUCAAAAUUUAAUACAUACGUUUUCCUCAUUUAAAGAGCAAGCAAUGAAAGAAGCAAAUGUUUUGCAACAGCAGGCUGUCAACAUGAACGAGAUUCUGCCUCAAAAUACAAGGUACUUAAUGCCAUCUUAGUCGUAAGUCGAUAAUCUGAUGUAAGUCCAAAGCAAUAAAGGCUGUUUACGAAGUGUGUUGAGGUUAGCACAAAUAGAAAAUUCGUUAGACACAUUAGGAAUUGAAGAAUAUUCUAGGACUUGAAAAGAAAAUGAUUGGGGCAGCACUAAAUGUUUGAGGUGCAAUUAAAAUAAAUUUUUCAUCGGCGUCGAACGAUGUAAAUUUCAACGAAAAUUGAUGGCGGUCAUAUCACUGAGCGCCAUUUGCAUUCUAAAUAAAGACUUUUAGCUAUUUUUCCGUCUGUAAAGAAAAUUAAUGCCAUGAAAUUUUGUAAUACACUUAAUAAUUAGUAUUCCGUGAACACAACCUAAAAAUUUGUAUUCUUAGCGGUUGCACUCUGAAGCGAGGGCUAUGCACUAAGUUUUAUUAUUUGCAUGAAGAUAAUACUUAAUUUUUUAAGUUUAUGUCAGUCUGAUUUGGUACUUGUACAAAAGGGAGAGGGAUAAUUUUGUAUAAAUGCACACCGUUUGUCUAAUUUAAACUAGCUUUGAAGAAUAUAGUUUCUUUACUGAUUCUAGUCUACGAU